GACCUCUGCCAUCCUGAGACCCCCGAAGACGCACGCGAUUUGCCUCCAAGCACAGCCAUCACCUCGUCUCACAAACCGCAUGAGCUAGAGUACAUGCGCAUUCAGGGCGUCUUCUCCAAGCUCCCAGAUGAUGUAUGUGAUGAAUUGGUCCGCUGCUAUUUCCAGCAUGUUCACUUCUUUCUACCGAUCAUCGACGCGCCGGCAUUUCUCAACGAGUACUGCAGUAAUGGCUCUCGGAAUAUUAGCUUGUUGUUGUAUUGGAGCAUGCUAUUGGCGGCUGCAAAUUUUGUCGAUGCGGAUGUCUUACAGAAAGCAGGAUUCUCCUCUAGAAAGGCAAUGAAGACUGCCAUGUAUGAACGAGCCAAGUGUCUCUAUGAUGUCGAUCGAGGAACAGAUAAAUUGGUGCUCAUUCAGUCUGUCAUCCUAUUAGGAUUUUGGUAUACCGACCCCCAAGAUCAUACUGGCGCCUGGUACUGGAUAGGGAUUGCAAUUUCGCUGUCACAGAACAUCGGCCUUCAUAGGUCUUCUCGUUUGAGUAGCCGACUGCAGCAGAAAACUUCUCCGGCACGAGAAGCUCUGAUGCGUCGCAUCUGGUGGGCAUGUGUAGUCAGAGAUCGAUGGGUUUCCUUGGCCCGGGGCCGUCCAAUGCGCAUUCAUAACGAGGACUGCGACACUCCUCUCCCAGUGGUGGAAGACAUCAUGAACGAAAUAGAGUCUGUUGUUGGUCGAGCGCGAAGUAAUUUCAUCCCCUCAGAAUCAAGGGCCUUGGCCGAGAUGUGGAUUCGGCUUGUACGCAUUUGCGAUACUUUGGGUAACAUUUUGAGAGUCCAUUACCGCGUCGAUGGGAUGGUACCAACCAUAGCGGAAAUUGACAGAUAUGCAAACGAGUUACAAGCCCUAGCUCAAGACGAUGCUAUCUCGAUUGACUCCAGCGAGAGCUUAAGUAUCCAUGCGUAUCAAAUCGAUCUCCUGUACCAAGCUACAAUCGCCAUACUCUAUCGACCAUAUGUCUUGAAUCGGUCGACUUCCCUCCCAUCUGGAGCGUAUUCACUCUGGCAGAAAACAGCAGCGAGCCGAGCCCGCGAAGCUGCAUCAAAUACCAACGGAUUGCUACAGAGCCUCAUCGAACUCGAUGGUAUACGGUAUUUGAAGCCAAUGAUGAUUACCGCCAUGAUUCCUGCUAUGCAGAUUCACCUUUACGACUGCAAAUCUCCAAAUUUAUUGACUCGCGGCCUUGCGGAGAAUAAGCUUCAGCUUUACAUGCUGGUUCUGUCAAAUUUGAGAGGAACAUACUGGAGCGCCGACGUAAUGUAUCGACUCUUUGAUCGGGCUCAAAGCAUACUAAAGAAGUCAAAUGCUCAA